AUGAAUAAUCUCUCGAUGUUCAAGAUGUCUAAAUCUGUUGGCCUUUUCUUCCUUCUUUUAGGAAUUGGGUUGUUGGUAAGAUUAAGCGAUUUUAAUUAUCGCAAAAAGGAGAACUCUUUUACGAAUAAUAUUACCACUCCACAUGGUAAUGCAGCGUUGAAGUCAAAUAUAGAUGCAUUCCCAAGACAUUUAUCGACACUAUCGCAAAUCGUAAAACAUUAUUGUCCAAAAACUGAACUAAACGGAAGCAAUAAUAAAAAUGUUGAAGAACAGAAAAGGAUUUCUGCAAUAUAUUCAGAAUUAAGCAAUUUAGAAAUGAUGAAAUAUUGUGGCAAUAUGACAUUCUUAUUUGGAAAAGAUAUAAGUACUGAUCUUAUCAGAUAUAAUGAGUUUCUUACGCACUUAUUAAAUAAUAUGGAAAGAAAAUUAUCAAACAACCUAACUUCAUUAGCCACAAAAUUUGGGAUUCCAAAGGAAGAUAAAGAGAAAUUGUGGAAAGAAUACAAAGAAGGAAUUAAAAAAGAAUUUAAAGAAGUAAACGAUUAUUAUAAACGCAUUUGUAAGGAUUAUGAGAAUACUCUGAUAAUACCGGGUUUUCUUUUUAACAUAAAAUUGCAAAAAUAUAUUAACUUGUGGAGAAAAGUUGCAUAUAGAACUGAAAAAAAAUGGAGUGACACUUUUGCAAUUAGAACAAGUAAAUAUAGAACCCUAAAAUCAAAGUCAUAA